CUAGGUCCUGAGUGGAUCGAUAUCCAUGUAGACACAAAGCUUGAAGGAAAGCUGGUGACCAAAAUAUGCCUACGUUGCGAGGUCUCGCUGUGCAACUGCCGACCAUAAUGGUGUGGGUCUGCCUAGCCUAGACAUACGGACCAUCAUUAGCCGUCCUCCAAACCGACAUACAACUGCAGAACCUCAGAACGGCUUCAGUGCAGCGUUUCAACAGCAUGAACAACCGAUACGCUGCAUUGGCGGCGAUCUUGUUGCCAUUGGCACGAUGCAUCACGCCCGAGUCAGUAUAACGAUUAGUCAAACCAUCGCAGCUCACUGAAGGCGACAGGCAAAUGAUAUCAGCACCACGGUACAGUCCUGCGAUUCCUAACCCAAGCGGAGAAUGGGCAUUCUACACAAGCAAAAACUAUUCGUUCGAAAAGCACGAAGCGUCAACGACAUGGAAGCUUUUGCAUCUUCCGACUGGGGACAUUACUGAUCUGCCAUGGAACGCCAAUGUCUCCGAAGCCGUCUGGGUAGGGCCGACCAAUACUUCAGUCCUGUAUGUCAACACAACCAAUCCAGACACUCCGGGAGGGGUGACUCUAUACACUCUAGAUCUCGUCGAUGCCAAAGCUGAGCCCCACCUGGUGGCUUCUUUGCCAGCACCAUACGCGGGACUCAAAGCUGCGACCACCUCUUCGGACGAUAUCAAUUUCGUGAUCAACUGUUUGGCGUAUGCGAACAAUGGGUCCGCGUACAACGAAGAAUUGGCAACGAAGCCUGCUCACAAAGGCAUGCUAUACGAAGCGUUUCCAGUAACCUACCUCGAUAGCUACAUCCCUCAGGAGCGGUACGCAAUUUUCUCUGGCGUGCUCAAGAAGAGCAGCAACCCUUCCGGCUAUACUUUUGAUGGAACGACAAAGAAUCUGCUACGAAACCUCAAUUAUAAUGUCACAAGACCGGAGAGUCCUCAGGUUGGAAAUGACCGUGACCCCGGCGACUACGAUCUGAGCCCAGACGGGUCACUGGUGGCAUUUCUGACACUCGCUCCAGAUCGGCCCAAAGGAAUUCACACUGUCAACUACAUAUAUCUCGUUCCUCACGACGGUUCUUCCGCUCCAGAGCAGCUGAAUGGUCCAGGCAGCAAAGCGCCAGUUAAUUCUCGGGGCUUCACCUAUGGUCCCAAAUUCUCACCAGACGGCAGGAAAGUCGCAUACAGUCAGCAGGAUGACCCUGCAUAUGGUUGGGAUCGCUUUAGGUUGUAUGUGGCGGAUGUGGGUAGCAAGGAAGUUCACGCAGUAGCAGAAGAUUGGGGUUACUCCGUGGAUGGCUACAAAUGGACGCCCGGAAGUAAGGAGCUCUAUGCUAAAGUCGACUACUAUGCAGCAACACGACUUUUCCCGAUACCAGCAGAUGCGCCUGCGAACUACAAGCCUACAAAUGUCACAGGCGCUACGAAAGUCAGAGACUUCUUCUUCCUUCCGGAUGGCAAGGCGCUAGUCUCAGCAGACGCUGCUUGGGCCUCGUUCUUGCUCUAUACGGUAGCUCCAGAUGGGGAUACGCAUUACUACUACAAAUCCAAUGAGCGGGAUUCAGAGCUCGUUGGUCUUGGCCCGCACGACAUCGACUCCUACUGGUACGAGGGAACCUUAGGAGAUCAACAGCAGGCUUUCAUGGUCUUUCCAACAAACUUUGACCCGAAGAAAGUUUACAGCAUGGCUUUCAUUGUCCAUGGAGGUCCGCAGUCCUUUGCAGGAAGCCUAUGGAGUACCAGGUGGAAUUUCAAGACCUGGGCUGACCAAGGAUACAUUGUGGUGCUCCCAAACCCCACUGGCAGUACAUCAUACGGCCAGGCUCUGACUGAUCGCAUACAAGGCGAAUGGGGCGGCCUGACGUACGAUGAUCUCGUGAACGCUCACAAGUAUGCCUGCGAUAAUUUUCAAUACAUCAAUUGCAGCAACUCCAUUGGAGCCGGAGCAUCAUUCGGCGGGUACAUGAUGAACUGGAUCCAGGGACGAAAUCUCGGGCGUCAAUUUAAAGCUCUCGUCAAUCACGACGGCGUCACGAGCACAUACAGCCUGUGGGCACAAGACGGCAUCGAUUUCGCUGUCAAUCAAUUCAAUGGCACGCUAUUCGAACAGCCGGGUCGGUCAGUGUACGAUCGCUGGGACCCUUUGCAAUAUGCGAGCAAUUGGUCUACUCCCAUGUUUGUCAUUCAUAGCGAGAAGGACUACCGAAUCCCGAUCAGUGAAGGUUUUACCGUCUUCACUGUGCUGCAGUACCUCGGUGUUCCUUCGAGGUUUUUGAAGUUUUCUGACGAGGGACACUACAUCACUCAUCCAGAAAACAGUUUAUUCUGGCAUCAGGAGAUUUUCAAUUGGAUCAACUAUUGGACGGGAAAAAUCGAUAAGCUGAGUGAUAAUGCGAUCACGCAGUGAAGAGGCGGUAUCGCAGUUGGAUUUCAAAUGAGUGGAAUACUUUUGACGAAUAACUGACGAAAGUAUGAGACUUAGGAUUGCGUCCGUGGGGUUUGAACGAGGUGCUUCCGCAGAGAGAAGGUCUGAGCUGGGGUUGACUCAGAGCGAAGAUGUCUAUGACCAUCCCGGUCGGCUUGCAGCGCAACGGCAGCGCAAGAUCAAUACUAGACGAGAUACGCACGAUGCAAUGUCUGGUUGGCGAGUUGUUGACGG